GUGCCAGACCCACCUGGAGAACCCCACCCGGUACCACGUGCGGGCGGCGCAGCGGCAGCAGCUGCGGCAGUACCUGAGCACGCCCCACCGCCGGGGGGGGCGGGGCCGGCAGCCCCCUGCCCCUCCCCCCCCCGGGACCUCCCCCCCCAGAGCCCCCCCCGAGCCCCCCCUGAGCCCCCCCGCCCCCGGGCUGCUGCACCACGAGAAGGAGAUCGAUGACGUCAUCGAUGAGAUCAUCAGCCUGGAGUCGAGCUACGAGGACCUGCUGGGCCUGGAGGGGCCCCCUCCCCCUCCCCAGCACGGUACCGAGGGGGCGUUCCCCGCCCCCGGGCCCCUCCUGGAGGUUUUCAGCCCGCCCAGGGCGGGAGCAGCUCCUGCCCGGCCCGAGCUGCCGCGGGUCAAGGCCGAGCUCUCAGAAUCUGAGGCCAAGGCGCUGCUGAAGGAGAGGCAGAAAAAGGACAACCACAACCUCAUCCGAGCGGCGCGCCGGCGCUUCAACAUCAACGACCGGAUCAAGGAGUUGGGGACCCUGAUCCCCAAAAGCAGCGACCCGGAGAUGCGCUGGAACAAGGGCACCAUCCUGAAGGCCUCGGUGGAUUACAUCCGCAAGCUGCAGAAGGAGACGCAGCGAGCGCGGGAGCUGGAGCUGCAGCAGCAGCGCCUGGAGCAGCAGAACCGCAGCCUGCAGCUCCGAGUGCAGGAACUGGAGCUCCAAGCCCAAAUCCACGGGCUCCCCCUGACCCCCCCCACGGCCGAGGGGGGCUGCGAGGAGCCCUCGGGGGGGGGUCCCCCCUUCCCCCGGGGGUCCCCCCACUCCCCAGUGCCUGCUGGAGCUGCCCCCGGGGCUGGCGCUGCCCCUGGCGCUGGGGGGCCCCGAGGGGACCCUCGAGGACAUCCUGAUGGACGAUGGCGGGGGGCUGUCCCCGCUGGGCCCCCCCGGCGCCCUCCUGGCCUCGCCGGGCCCCUCGCGGGCCUCCAGCCCCCGCAGCAGCCUCAGCAUGGAGGACGAGCCCUGAGCCCGCCCUGGGAGGGGCCCGGCCCGGGGGGGAUUUUUAGAGACCCCCCCUCAUCUUUCCGGGCCCCCCUGCCCUCCCUGAGGUGUUCUGGGUGGUCCCCACCCGGUGCCGUUUGAAGAGUCUUAAAGCGGGCAGGUGCUUUGUAAUGAGGCCCCGCCCCUUUAAGGGUGUUGCCCUUUUAAGGCGCUCUUUGUGGGACCCCUCUCUUAAAAGGGCUCGGCCGGGCGUGGCUCGUUGGAAAGAAGGGCGGCCCCCUCCAUGUGUGGCCCCUUUAAGGCGCUGGCGUCGGGCCCCACCUGGUCGUGGCCCUUUGAAGUGUCUGCAAAAAGCCCCGCCCCUCCGUGAGGCCACUCCCACUUCCCGGCUCACCCAACCAGGGGAUUCCUGAGGGCUGGGUCCUCAGGUGAAGCCCCGCCCAUUCCGCUGUCACUCACAUUUACCCCUCCCACUACUAACGCCCACAAACCACACCCCCUUCUAGAGACCACGCCCACUUGGCCCCACUUAAAGGGCCACACCCGCAUUUACAAACCCCUCCCCCAAUUUUGUACUGGACCCUCACCUGGGAAAUAAAAGUUUGGUAACGA